GUAUGGAGCCACUGUAAAUCACUGUGCACUUCAGUUCCCUUCUCCAGUUAUACCACAUGGUGCCUAAAGUGUCUGUUAUAAUCCAUUGCCCAGUUAGGGUGGGUACUUCAGCUGAGCUCUGUUGGUAGUUGAGUUAACGGACAGCUUUUCAAAGCACGAUUAAUCCAGUUGCCAGCCAGUAGAUGCAAGAUAUAGCAAGCAUCAUUUGGAAUAAUGAGCACUCCAGAUAGCAACAGCUUCAAACAUAGGACUUCAGUCAGCAGUGCAGAGGGAUUAACCAACAAAAUCCAAGAAGCAGCACAGUCUCUAGAGAUUCCCAAAUUUAACUGCCAUCAGACUGUAUACAUUGGACAUCCCUUGCAGGUAGUUGCCUUAAUAGACCAAUUGGUCCACAGACAUUCAGGCAUACUAGGAAGUGCGGCCAUAUUACUGCAGAGUGAGAUGUUUCUUAGGCUAACAAGAGAUGUCUUUAAGCAAACUGUAGAAGCACAAAAACAGCGGCACAAAAUAGAAGACAAGACAGAAGACAGAAGACAUAACAGAAAAGCUACGUUGGAGAUGGCCCAGAAGCAGCUUUGCUACAGUAAGAGUGGUUCAUUAUCACCACCAUUUUCUGAUGAUCAUUUCCCUCACUUCCAAGAUGUAAGUGAAGAUAUUGAUUGGGUCCUGCUGAAUUUUGAGCAACUCUGUGUUAUGUGCAAUGUGCCGGAGCCAGAAUGGGUCUUUUAUUUGCCUGACACACUCAAACACAAGGCAAUAGGAUGCUACUGUGAUGUGUCUGUGGAUGCCUUCUGUGAUUAUACAAUCAUAAAAGAAGCCUUGCUGAAACCAUAUGGUGCCGAACCAGAGAUCCACCGCGUCAAGUUCCGAACUAUGGCACGUAAAACAGAAGAAAUGUUCUCUAGCUUUUACCAAAGACUCCAGUACCGCUAUGAGCGAUGGAUGAACAUCUCUAACAUAAAAGAAUUCAAGGACUGCUAUAAGACUCUAGUAUUAGAGCAGUUGCUUCAAAAGUGCCCGGCUGAAGUUCGGGAAAAGAUUCUAUAUGAAAAGGGCUGUACACCAUAUCUGGCUGCCAAAAUUGCAGAUGAAAUCAUGCAUCUACAUCAGGAAACAGCUUUGCAGCCCAAACAGAAGAAAUGCCCACCACCGCCCAAGAUAGAUGGAAAAAUUUAUGAAUUCCUUCAAUAUUUUGUCGCAGACAAGGAAAACAUUCUGGAGUUGCUGGAUUUGUUUGAGUGCAGAUGCAUGUUUCAAAAUUUGCCCAAAUCAUGCUGGGUACAAUACAUAUGUUGCAAACUGAAAGGAAAAGUGCUGGAUAUCUGCUUAUCUGUUCCACAAGAACACAAGUACGAUUAUGAUUUUGUAAAGGCAGAAAUCUUGAGAUUUUAUACAAUCACACCCGAGAGCCAUUGGAUAAAGUUCCGAACCAUCCAACGUCCAGCUGAUCAAACCUUUACAGUUUUUUAUCAUCACCUUCUCAGCCAUUAUAAUAGGUGGAUGGAGGCAUAUGAAGUCAAGACUUUUGGACAGUGCACUGACCUAAUGGUACUGGAACAACUGCUAACUCAAUGCCCCCCUGAAGUACUGUGUAUGUUUAGGUGUACUAUUAAGCAAAGUACCUUUACUUCAGAAACAAGAAUUGCAGAGGAGCUUUUGAAUCCAUCCAAAUCUGCAAAAGAAUCUAAAUUGGAAGAAGUAGGUCUCGGAUGUUCCCAGAAAGCAGACCUUCAUAGUUUAAAUAACCCCAUAUAAAAGAACAUUUCAUAACAAGCCUGGAUAUGUAUUUUGAUUAAGGAAAGCUGCAUCUCAGCACAUCCACAAUAUUAUAGAAAAUAAAUACAUCUUAACAAUUA